AUGUAUAAGCCUGAUUCAACUUAUAAUAUUUGGUUUAUUGAAUUAAUCAUACAAAAAGAAAAAAGAGAGAAAAGUCUUUAUGAAAAUACAAUAUCAAACAUCAUUCUAGGCUAUAUAUUAUAUUAUAUGAAUGAAUAUGAUUCUAGUUUAGCAUGGUUUAAAGGUAUAGCCCCAUCUAUUAUUAAAUUUCAUGUAACUGAAGGUCCCAAUUCAUUGAUCUGUAGUUAUUUAUACAAAUAUUGUAAAUUGUUUAAAUAUUUAUUAAUUAAAUGUACAAAUCCAAUUAAUUUGGAUAAAAAAUACAUAGAAACUUAUAUGGAACAAGUGUAUCCAAUUCAUUAUGAUUCAUUUUAUAUAUUAUCAAUAAUAUAUCAAAGUCGUUUUGAUUUUAAAUCAUCUGUUGAAAUAAUUCUAUAUUCAAUUAACAUUUACAUUCAAUUAUGUUUAUUAAGAGAUAAAGAUAUGAAUUAUAUUGCUAAUGUUUACGAAUAUCUAGCAGUAUUAUAUAUAGACAAACACAGAAAAAUUUUAAAUACAGAUAUUCGUAUAAUGGCUAUCAAGCUAUUUCUGAAAUCUUUGAAAAUACAUGCUACUAUUCAUCCAAUAAAUAAAGCCAAAAUGAUUACAAUUUAUUCAUCAAUUGCACGUUUGUAUUUUGAAUUAAAAUACUAUGGUCUUAGUAUUUAUUAUUGCGAUAAAGCAAUUGAAUAUUGUUUAAAAACGCUUAGUAACUUAUCACCUUAUUUAGCUGAUCUUUAUGUGUUCAGAGGUUGUACGAGUGGCAUGCUAUACAAAAUAACAAAGGAGCGCAAUGAUUGCCUGUCGUCUUUAAAUGAUUUGAAAAAAGCAGUUCAAUUAGAAAUCCCUGAUGUAGAACGAUUGGCAAGAGCACAUUUUAACAUUAGUGUUACGUAUGGCAAUUUACGUGAAUGGGGUUUAGCAUUGUCUCAUCUCCAAAACAUAUUAAGUUUUUCAUUUCAAUCAAAUGAAAAUCUCAUUAUUGAAACAUAUAGAUUUAUGGGCAAAAGUCAUAUGGAGAUAAAAAAUUAUGAUAUUGCCAUUGAUAACUAUGAAAAAAUUCUACAAUUAUUAUCACCAGAUGGCCAUUUAUCCAUACGUGGUGAAAUAUUUCUAGCAUUAGGUUUAGUUUAUAAAUUAAAAUCUGAUUAUGAACAAUCGUUAAAAUAUUUUUAUUUGGCUAUGGAUAUUUAUAAUACAUAUCAUGUCGAUAUAAACGAUCCAUGUUUUGAAAUAAUCUAUCGUCAUUUAAGUGAAAUAUAUAAAACUGAAAAUAAAAACGAAAUAGCACAAGAUUUUUCUGAUAAAGCUUUUAAUGAAAAAACACGUUUAAACAAAUUAAAUAUUUUUUCGUAUCCAGAUUUCAAGCCUUGUGCAUUUACAGUAUAUUUAACUACAUCAGUAUUACAAGAUUUCAUUAAUGAUGAAACAUUAACAAAAGAAUUAACACGGUUAUUUGGACAAACUUAG